AACCAUUUCCCCAACACAAACUCACCCUAAAAUCUCUCCUCUCUCCUCUCUCCUUUCUCUUCUCUCUCUCUCUCUGUGACAUAGAAAUUGCCGAUAUCCAUAUGGCUUCUACUAUUAAUUUCAAUGUCCACCACAAAGCUACUGAGCAUGAAUAUGGUUCAGCAGCACUGGAGGUUGAAACACAAGUUAAUAAUAUUGAUCUAGCAGUACUGCCAAGAGCUGGCGGAGGAGGAGGUGCCGGAGUCCAUAACAACAACCAUGCAAAGAUAUUGGAGAAGGGUGUUUUGCUGACAUGGGAGGACGUGUGGGUGACAGUAGUUUCCAAGAAAAUUAACAGUAUUGGUAGCAGCAGCAGAUCAAUCCUGCAAGGUCUAACCGGUUAUGCCAAGCCUGGGGAGCUCUUGGCUAUAAUGGGCCCUUCAGGCUGUGGCAAGUCCACUCUUCUUGAUGCUUUAGGAGGGAGACUGAAUUCAAACACAAGGCAAACAGGGAAGAUCCUAAUCAAUGGGCAUAAACAAGCACUGACUUAUGGAACUUCGGCAUAUGUCGCACAAGAUGAUACUUUAAUAACGACAUUAACCGUUAAAGAAGCAGUAUAUUACUCUGCUCAGCUGCAACUGCCAGACUCCAUGACCAAGUCAGAGAAGAAAGAGAGAGCAGAAGUUACAAUUAGAGAGAUGGGUUUGCAGGACGCCAUGAACACAAGGAUUGGAGGUUGGGGAGUUAAAGGCAUAAGUGGUGGCCAAAAGAGAAGAGUCAGCAUUUGCAUUGAGCUUCUCACACGGCCUAAACUUCUAUUCCUCGACGAACCGACAAGCGGCCUUGACAGUGCAGCUUCUUAUUUUGUCAUGAGCAGAAUUGCAAAUCUUGAUAAAGGUGAUGGAACUCCAAGGACUAUUGUUACAUCCAUCCAUCAGCCUAGCUCCGAAGUCUUUCAACUUUUCGAUAGUCUUUGUCUGCUGUCUUCUGGAAGAACUGUUUAUUUUGGUCCUGCUUCUGCAGCAAAUCAGUUUUUCACCUUAACUGGUUUCCCAUGCCCAACUCUCCAAAAUCCAUCGGAUCACUUCCUUAAGACCAUAAACAAAGAUUUUGAGCAGGACAUUGAGCAAGGCGUAACCACACCAACAGAAAUAGCAAUUGAUACUCUAAUAAGAUCCUACAAAGAAUCUGAAACCUUUCAGCAAGUUCACAGACAAGUAGCUGAACUAUGUAAACAGGACUUCGGUGAAAAAUUGGAGAAGAGAAGCCGUGCUGGCUUUCUUACACAAUGUCUCGUACUUACAAAAAGAUCAUUCGUGAACAUGCAUAGAGAUCAAGGUUACUAUUGGUUGCGCCUGGCUAUAUACAUCUUCAUGACUCUAGGCCUCGGUACUGUCUAUCAUGAGCUUGGACAUGGUUAUAGAUCUAUUCAGGCAAGAGGCUCGCUGCUCAUGUUCAUAUCUACUUUUCUAACUUUCAUGGCCAUUGGUGGAUUCCCUUCCUUUGUGGAAGACAUGAAGGUAUUUGAAAGAGAAAGACUAAACGGGCACUACGGUGUCUGUGCAUUUGCUUUUGGUAACACAUUUUCUUCUGGUCCUUUCUUGGUAAUGAUUUCGGUAAUUCCCGGGGCAAUAGUUUAUUACCUUGCUGGACUUCAAACCGGAUUCGAACACUUUGUUUUCUUUUGUUGUGUGUUAUUUGCUUGCAUGAUGUUGGUUGAGAGUCUUAUGAUGAUAGUUGCUAGUAUUGUGCCCAAUUACCUCAUGGGGAUAAUAGCUGGUGCUGGAAUUCAAGGGCUUAUGAUGUUAUCUGGUGGAUUUUUCCAAUUACCAAGUGAUAUUCCGGGACCGGUGUGGAAGUACCCAAUGUACCACAUUGCCUUCCACAAGUACGCAUACCAGGGAUUGUUCAAAAAUGAAUUCAAAGGAACAAUGUUUCCGGCAAGUGAAGCCGGAGGGCCGUUCACCCUUAGCGGCGAGCAAAUUUUGAGAGAGAGAUGGCAAGUGGAAAUGGGAUAUUCUAAGUGGGUGAAUGUUGCUGUGUUGUUAGGGAUGGUAGUUCUAUAUCGAAUUCUGUUCUUGGUUAUCAUCAAGACUACAGAGAAGGUGAAGACUGUUAAAACAGCUCUUCUGUCAACGCCUCCUAAGCAAAGCAUGCAAGUAUUGGCCAAUCCCUCCCCUACCCCCGUGCAUGGAGAGAACCACUUGCAUAAUGUCAUAUGAAGGUGUGUUGAGUAGAGAGAUAGGUACUUCAAUCAGUAGUGGAUUGAAAUUGGGAAUACUAAAGUUGUACCAUCGGAAGAACUUACCACAAUGUUUCUCAUUUCCUUGUGUAAUAUGACCUUCUGUAAUAAAGUCGUAUUUUCAAGUUUUAA